CCCCCAAACCUCACGACCCAUCUCCGUCUACAAAUCCCCGAUGAACAACCUCUUCAACAGGCUCGGUUUCGGCUCUCGUCCCCAAGCCCAAGUCGACCCAUCUUCCGCCGCAAUCGCCCAAGGACCCGACGACGAUGUUCCGUCGCCAGGUCAGCAAUUCGCGCAAUUCGGCGCCGGUUGUUUCUGGGGUGUGGAGCUAGCUUACCAGAGAGUUCCUGGUGUGACCAUGACCGAGGUUGGGUAUAGCCAUGGCCUCAUGCACAAUCCGAGUUACGAGGAUGUCUGUACUGGCACGACGGGACACAACGAGGUUGUUAGAGUCCAGUACGAUCCGAAAGAGUGUAGCUUUGAGACCUUGCUCGAUGUUUUCUGGAAUCGCCAUGAUCCAACCACCUUGAAUCGUCAGGGUGGGGAUGUGGGAACUCAGUAUCGAUCAGGCAUAUACUACUACACAGACGAGCAAGAGCGCUUAGCUCGUGAAGCCGUUGAGAAACAGCAGAAGAUAUUGAACAAGAAGAUUGUGACAGAGAUACUUCCCGCUACGAAAUUCUACAGAGCAGAAAAUUACCACCAGCAAUACCUGGCAAAAGGCGGUCGCAUGGGUUUAAGACAAUCAGCUGAGAAAGGUUGCAAGGAUCCAAUCCGAUGUUAUGGCUAAGAAACUAAGUCAGUCGUCCCUCAAGCACAUAAAAAGAAGUGAGUUGUCUCAUGAAAAAUUCAAUAAUCUGUAGAUCACAUUUGUGAUGAUGCAUCAUAUGCUUACAUGAAUGUUGUGAUAAAUUUUAAUGUUACAA